AUGUCAUCUAUUGCGGGAAACGCGGAUGGACUCCCCUAUGUUGGUUGUGCACUGAGUACUGCUGAGCGUGCGGCGCUGCAGUCUUCACUUCCUUUGCUUGGAGCCAAGUACAAUACGCCGGUGCAGUUCUGGGGAAAGAUUUUUGGUUAUAAAGCGGAUUACCUUAUUGCCCAGGCAAUGCCAGAUGGUGUUUUUGGUCAACGUUUCAGCUUCUUCAGUGUAGAUGGUGGUACCUCGUGGAAAUUGCUUGAGAACAUAACGGAGGAUCAAGAGAAGUUCUGCAAUGAACUGCGUGGUGUUUACAUGGGCGACCCGACGUAUCUGUAUAAAAUACGGCGUGAUAUUCCACCCGAGCCGGAACCGGAGGUGCCAGCGCCUGACGCGGAUGCGGUGUUAACGGAGGCGCGAGAAAAGUACGGCGAAGGGGAAGAAAAGGAAGAAGAAGAAGAGGAAGAGGAAGAAGAAGAGAAUGAACACGAACAGAAUGAAGAAGAGGAGGAGGAGGAGGAAGAAGCAGAGGAGGUUGAGGAGGCACCGGUGCCAAAGAAAAAGCGUCCAAAGUUUAUGAUUGUGGCCGCUCCUGAGACGGUGCGGUUGGCGCACUUUAUUCAACUCCACGAUAAAGACUGUGCGUUAAUUGUUCGUGGACAGUACGUCUUCACACCGGGCGGUGGGGUUUCAAAGAAUGGACUCUUCGCCGGUCAGCCAGUGCGACACGCAAUGAAGCCAUCGUGUUACUUGCGUGUUCAUCACCUCGGCGAUGCGACCCGCAAUCGUCUCUUGUACGGCCCAACGUACAGUGAAGUGACGGAUCGUCUCUCGCCCAUCACAGAUGAUGCGCCGGCGGGUGUGUGGGUUGUGAAGUAUGAUCCCACCGCGAGUAUCGUGACUGUGCAGAAUUUAUUCUACGCGGGAUCACUCUUCUGGUAUCGCCCCGGCACGACGGACUGUGGGCAGGUGUACUGUGGGAACGGUGAACGGGAUGUAGAGGUGUGUUUUCUCUUGUAG